UUAACCGUCCACAAUGGCUACUACACAUAUCAAUUUCGUCACCCUCGACGUCUUCACCACCACGCCAUUCAAGGGCAACCCCCUGGGCGUCGUCCACCUCCCUCCUGAGGCUCCGCUCUCUCAGGUCCAGAAACAGACCAUCGCUCAAGAAUUCAACCUCUCAGAAACAGUUUUCAUACAUGAUGUUGACCCAAGCAACGACUCCGAUCCGCACACCCGUCACAUCGACAUUUUCACGACGACCACGGAGCUCCCCUUUGCCGGCCAUCCCACCAUCGGCACAGCCAGCUACCUCCAGGCGCAGGGGAUCAGCAAGAUCAUUACUAAGGCUGGGCCUAUUCCCAUCCGCUCUGGUACGGAAGAAGGGCACGUUAGCGCGGCUAUUCCGCACGACACCCAUCUCAACUCGAGGGUCCUCGGCGACAUCGAGUCAUCCCUCCGCGCGGACCGCCUGCAUUCCACGCCUGAGAUUCGAUCCGCAGAGCUCCAAGCCCCGAUUUUCAGCAUCGUGAAUGGCAUGACCUUUGCUCUUAUUCCCCUCCCGAGUCUGGAUCUGUUAUCUCAGGUUUACCCAGGCGCUUUCCCUUGUGCAGUGCACGACCUUGUUGAUGUAGAAUGGAGCGAGACAUUCAUUGGUCGGUAUUAUUAUGUAAUCUUAGGGACAACCGUCUCAGACUCUGGCGUAAGAACGGUUCAGCUGAGAACGAGAAUGGUGGAGGAUCAGAUAGAAGAUCCGGCCACAGGAUCGGCGGCGUGUGCAUUGACAAGCUAUCUUGCACUUGAGAAGUAUAGCGAGACAACAAUCCAGUUUCAAGUGACGCAGGGCGUUGAGAUGGGGCGGCAGAGUGAUAUUGAAGUCGAAGUUAGGGUAGAUGUUGGAGAGGACGGGGCGAGAAGGGUGAAAUCGGUACAGCUUGGGGGAAAGGCUAGACAAAUCAUGAAGGGAAGUAUUCUUGUACCUUCUGUUUGAGCAAUAUAAGCAAAGUUUCCCGCUUCCC